AUGCCGUUAGCUUCAGUCCCGGCAGAUGAGUGGCGCAAAAUGCAGCAGACACUGCUCGAGCUAUUUUCCGAGAACGUCCUGGCCAAAAUGCUAAGGGUGGCGGUGGAGGCGCUAGAAAACAAUGACCCACCGACGGUCUAUCCCGAAUUUGUGCCGCAGCAUGGCGACAGUGCAGGAAGGUACUUCCUGCGGGAUGCUGACUUUUGGACAUGCGGCUUCUUCCCGGGAAUCCUGUACCAAUUGAGGGAACGGGCCGUGAGGUAUCCUCAAGUCUUCCCAUACCUCGGCCAUGAAGGUAUAGCAGUACCUGUGUCGAGCUCGGCCCUGCGACACCAGCUAGCCGAGCUCUGCUGCAGCUGGACUCGCCCAGUUAAAGCGAUGAUGUCACGCACAGAUACCCAUGAUAUGGGGUUCAUCAUUCAGCCCUCUCUUCAGAAAGAUUGGGAGCUGACUAGCAAUGAGGACAGCCUGCAUGCUGUUCUGACUGCUGCUCGCAGCCUGGCUAGUCGGUACGUGCCUCAGGCCGGGGUCAUCCGCAGCUGGGAUGUCCUGCGACAAGCGGACGUUUCAAUUACAAGCAUGACAGAUGAUUGUCUGGUUAUUAUCGACAGCAUGAUGAACCUGGAUUUGCUAUAUUACGCCUCCAAGCAUCUCGCAGACUCCAGCCUCGGGGAGAUUGCCACCACACACGCGCGUACUCUCCUAAAAUCACUUCUGAGACCAGAGCCUACCCCUGUGGGCAGCGACAAGAGCUACAAGUACCCAUUAUAUUCCACCUGCCAUGUUGUCAACUUUGAUCCCCGCACCGGGGGCAUUAAGCAGCACCGCACAGCCCAGGGAUACCGAGCCGACUCGACUUGGGCGCGCGGCCAGGCGUGGGGAAUUUUCGGCUAUGCCAAAACAUAUAACUGGACUAAGGAUAAAGAGUUUCUUGCUGCAGCAUGUGGUCUGGCAGACUACUUCCUAUGGAGAAUUGAGACUGCACCCCUCUGCGUAGAGCAGCCCGCGGUUGGUCAUGGGCUCGAUUGCCGGAAGACAAUCGGUCGGUACGUGCCUUUGUGGGACUUUGAUGCCCCAAUCGAGAAUGAAAACAUGCCUUUACGAGAUUCAUCUGCAGGUGUGAUCGCCGCCAACGGUAUGCUACUUCUCUCGCAGUCACUAGGUGUGCUCGGGGACACAACCCUAGCAGAGAAAUAUCAGCUGGCGGCGAUGAGGAUAGUGUCCGACACAAUAGAAUUAUCGCUCUCAAAGGAAAGAGCACAGUUGGCUGUGGAUUCACAAAAAGGAAACACCGUCACUGUCGAAGACGUGGUGUCCGGGCAACGAUUUGAUUCCAUUUUGAAGAAUGCAACGGCAAAUCACAAUUCCCAGGAUCAUGAGCGUUACAGUGAUCACGGGCUGGUGUACGCGGACUAUUAUCUUUUGGAAUUUGGGAAUCAGUUGUUGCGAAUGGGCCUAGCAUAG